AUGGCAGAGAGAAACGGAACCGGGGUGAUAGGCUUCCUUCUGAAGGGACUGUCGGACCGGCCGGAGGUGCUAUUCGCGGCCUUCCAUGCCAUCUACUCGGCUACGCUCCUGGCCAACGGUGCCCUCCUCCUCGCCCUCCGCGGCGACCACCGUCUCCACACGCCCAUGUACUUCCUCCUCACCACCCUGUCGUUGCUGGAUGUCUUCUGCCCCAUGGCCACGCUAUAUUUCCUGGUGGCCCCGAAGGGUGAGGACGUCUUCCCCCUGGAAGACACGGCCUCUGAGCAUCGUUUGGCCGUCCACUGCCCUCUCCACUAUGCUGUUCUCAUGGACGGGAACGUGUGCGUCGCGCUGGCGGCCGGGGCAGGGCCGGCCCGCUUCCUCAACUCUCCCCUGCACGCGUCCUUCACCUUCAGGAUGACCUUCUGCCUCUCCCACCUGGUGGACCAGUACUACUGCGACGUCCCUCCGGUGACGGGCCUGUCCCUCUCUGGCGGCUCCUACGUACUCGUCGUGGGCGCCACCUUGAAGAGGCGCUCGGCCGAGGGGAAGUGCCGGACCUGGUCCACCUGCACCUCCUGCCUGUCGGCAGUCGGCCGCUUCAACGGCCCUGACAUCUUCACCUACAUCCGGCCAUCUUGCGGUCACUCUCCAGGAAGAGACGGGCUCGUGGACAUGGUGUAUGGCGUCCUCAACCCCCUCAUCGACAGCCUGAGGAAUGAGGAGGUCAAGGGGGCCCUCCGGCAGGUGCUGAGACGGACGUUAGGCCCGCCGGGAUCUCUUCGGCACCCAUAG